AUGGUGCAAUCAAAUGAAGUUAAGAGGUUACUAAAGAAAGCUCCUUCUUUUGUGAAGGAUACCCCAUUGGAUAGGUUUUUUGAAAGACUCGAUGGGGAAUUUUUUUCUAAAAUAACACACUUUCAGAAACUGGACAAUUAUAACGUUACACUAUACGAGUACCUUGGACUUGAAGAUAAUAAGCAGUUUGUUAUAAAAUUAUGUUCUUAUAUUGAUGAAUUACACAAGCUCGUUUUGAAAAACCAAGACAUUAUUAGAGAAAAGAGUAGCGAUUUGUUACCAAUUUCUUUGCAUGAUCUGCAAUACGUAGACGGUUUGUUGAAUUUGAUCAUAGUCCAUGGCUUUGAUGCAAAUAUACAAGAUACUAUCAGGAUUCCCUUAGAAGGCAAGAAUUUAGCCAACUUCAAAAAUACAGACAGAAAAUAUGUCAUUCCCCCGAACCAUGAAAGAAAUACUCAGACCCUAUCAAUGGUUACCUGUUUGUUCUACGACCAAUUAGUCCAAUCAAAAAAGAUCAAUUCCUCUGACUACUUCAGGUCUAUUUUAUUAAAGGGCUCCAUGUAUACGAAUACAUACAUCGGAUUAUUAGCACUAUUUAUCGAAUCACACAGUGACACGGAUCGUGAAAGACUUGAAAAGCUAGAAUCCAUUCAAGAAACAUACACCUUAUUUUCGAUUUAUACACUCCUUACGCAGACAAUAACGCUGAAGGAGGCAAAAGAUUAUAUUUUAGAAAAAUUAACCACUUUGACGAUACGAAGAGAAUCUGAUGGGCUGUUAAGUCUAGUUGAUUUUAUUCUAGGUGUAAGAGAGGAUGAGCAAGUAGACCCGGAGAAAAUUAACCGAGUGCACCAAAUUAUUAUGUCAAGGCCGAGUAGCAUACCAAAUCAAGUGUACCUUUCUAAGCUAUUCAAUCAAAUAUACGACUGUCUUACUUACGUUAAUAGACCAUUAUUGAUCAAUGUAUUGAAUGGAAUGGUAACUGCCUUCUUCCUUAGGAACAAAAAGAUUGUGAAAGAUUUUCUUUUCAGACGGAUUUACGAAACCCUUUUCAAUGUUCCAUUGAAGAAUCAUUCGUGUAAGUCAUUGAAUGAUAACAUCAACAUUUUAAUUUCACUCUCUAAAAAUUCCUCCAUUGAGGUUAUCUGUGAAUUAGUCGCCGGAUUAGAUGAACAGCAAUUCUGCUUGAAUCUAUGGAUAUAUUCUCUAUUUCUGAAAAAGGAGCAGAAAAUAGAUCCUCUCUAUGCCAAUAAGUUGAAAAAGGACAAUGGUACCCCCUACUUUGAAGUCGUUCUAUCUUUAUUAAAGACAUUCAUUGUUUUAACGGAAAAGUAUGAUAUUCUGAAAUAUCUAAGUUCAAAUCUCCUAAACUAUGAUCAUGAAGAAUGGGAGUAUCGUAUUGAACUGGAGACGCAACUGCCCUAUAUUGCCAUAAAAGAAGGAUCUGAUAUUGAUGUCAGAUUUGAAGAAAACCAAGCUAACAAACUGGCGCAGAUUUCUGGCAUGUUUAAGGAUAUUGACAUAUCCGUUAAUCUAUUUGUUAACUUACUUCAUUUGUUAAAUAAGGAAGAUACUGUACGGACUAUGUUUCUUUUCCUUCUCAGAAGAUGGACAGACUCACGGCUUGAAAAGGAGACUCCAACGGUGAAGAAUGUGACUACAUCUAAUAACAUCUUUUUAAUCAUUGAUCUGAAGCUUUUGGAGAGCUUAAAUAAGGAAUUCAAAUCAGAUAUCAUUAAAAGACCAUCUGAUAUUUUAGGGUUGUUACACGAACUUAUUCCCUUCGUAACGCAGAAAGAUGGCGAUGGACAAUUGCAGUCAGAUGACGAGGAUUCAGACGAUGAAGAUGCUGAUGUGGAUGCAACUGAAGAUAUUGUUCCUGUUCACUUCUUAAUUGAUCUAUUAAACGCAGUAUUGGAAGGAUGCUCUGACAAGGAUCUGUUACAGGAGAAAAAAGUGCUGACAUCUAUCUCAGGAAGAUUACUCAAUCACUCUACUGAAUUUGAGAGUUUUAAAGAGGUUGGGCAGAAAAUCGAUAAGAUACUAAGAAAUGAAGAUUCCUUUCAUUCUGACAAAGUGGAUAACCAUGCAGAAUCCAUAAAUCAAGACAUUUUAGACAAGGCUCUCGUUGAUUUGAGUGACCCAUUGGCGCCAAUAAAAGCUAGUGGACUGAGAGAGUUGCGUACAUUAGUUGAAAAGAAAUCUUCUGUGAUUUCUUUGGACAGAGUUGUAAUUUUACAUUUAGAAUAUUUAAAACAUCCUGAUCCUUAUAUUUAUUUGAAUUCUAUCAAAGGGUUAACGGCGCUAUGUGAAAUUAAUGGUAAAACAGUUUUAAGCAAAUUGAUUGAAGUUUACGGAGACACGAAGAAGAAUAAAUUGGAUACCAUUUUAAGAGUAGGUGAAGUGUUUAUUAGUUACAUACAAAUCGAGAACGAGUUAUUCCAGGGAACCAAUGCCAAUUUAAUCAUAGAUGCAUGCAUUGAAAAAAUUAGACAAAAGGGCAAAUUGGAUAACAGACUUCGUAUGUCAGCUAUGUCGAUUUUAGGUGUAUGCUUACAAGUUAAUGCAAAGGGGAUUGAAUCAAGGAUUACGGAAAUGUUGGACUGUGUUUUUGGGAUCCUACAGUUGGAGACAUCUACUAGUAGUGGUAGCAGCAGUAGUAGUAGUAGUGGCGAUAGAGACGACUCCUUCAUAAUGAGAAGAAGUGCCAUCCAUCUUAUCCACGAUUUGAUGUACAACUCUGGUUUAUCAUUAUUACCCAAAGAGUACAAUAAGGAAAAACUAGACAAUCUAUUAGCCUAUGCUCGCGAAAAGGAAUCGGACUACUUGGUAUGUGAGCAAAUUGACGAAGUUCUAGAGAUAUUACAAGAUCUGGAAAUCAGAGAAAUGGAAGAAAUGGAUUAA